AUGGCAAUCAAAUCACGAGGAGUUAAAGUUGUAAUUAUAGUUUUUAUUGCCGUGUAUGUGUUAACAAUUACAAAUGUUCUCAUUAGUUUACAUCGUUUCCACCAAAAUUCCCAAAAGGAGGUGGUUAAAAUUCAACGAGAUGAACCAUUACCAGAUUUUGAGUACACCGAAGAUGACAAAAUGGCGUUAGAAUUUGUAACACCGCAUAUUAUAAAGAAAUGGCGGAAUCAUAAUUAUCUCGUAGCACUCGGUAUUCCUUCACCAGAUAAUGAAGAGCGACGGCGGCGGAGACAACUUCAACGGGACACAUGUUGGAAAUAUCCGGGAGUUGCCACCGUAGAAAAUAAUUUUGAAGGAGAUAUGCUCGUAGCAUAUGUAUUGGCUCGUCAUCCACAAUUUGAUUACAAAUAUUCACCUGAAUUGAAGGAUGAAGCAAAUAAAUGGCGGGAUGUCAUUACGCUCCCCAUAAAUGAAGGUCGUGUCACAACUAAAAAGAAAUUAGGAGAAGUUGCGCAUUGGGGAAUUGAUGCGGAAAUUGGUAUGAGUCGAAAAAUAUAUUUGUGGUUUGAAUUGGGAGCGCGCCUUCUUCCGAAAACAAGUUAUUUCUCUAAAGGUGAUGAUGACGCGUUUUUCCAUUCACCGCAGUACAUUAUUGAUUUGAGAACUUUACCGCGUCGUGGUGUUUAUUGGGCAUUUCAUUGGCGUAUAAAUCCAGUGAGGCCUUUUAUAUUUGGCCGUGGCCUCUUGUACACCAUGUCGAGAGAUGUUGUUAAUAAAUUUGUAACAUAUGAACCGGUACGCCGCCUUGUGCAUGUGCCAUUCAGUUUUGAUCGGCUUCUUGAAUUUAAGCAAUCCAUUAUGGAAUAUGAAGAUGCCAUGGUCGGUCAUGCACUUUCUUAUCAAAAUCCAGAAGAAUUAUUAUUUGUGAAUGAAAGUUGCUGCCGCUUCAUCAUAUUGAAUGGUAAUGAGUGCAAGCCACCGAAAAAUAACAAUUUUGUAGUAGUUCAUGGUAUUCAAGAAGAAGAAUACGCAAUAAUGAUGGAACGCUUUAAAAAUUACACAACUCCCGUUCCUGUUCAAUUUAUUCCCUCAAAAUAUGGUUGGAUGGCCAAUUGCACAUUACCACCAGAUCCACAACGGCGGCGGGAUGCGGAAUGGACGGCAUAA